UGCACACGAAUAAUAGAGAAUUCCAGUUGGGCCCUUACUACUCAUCGACCAGCGGAUUCAUAGUUCAACUCCGCCGCAACCUUCACACAGUCAGUGCAAACUCAAAGUUUGCAGCCAUGAAAGUCGUUCCUGCCUCCGGCGUGCAAACGGCGGCAGACCGCCUUUCACCUGAACUCUCCACCGCUCCUCUCUGGGCGGGAACGCUGGAGCUACCGGCUCUCCCGCUAAUUUCCCCAUAUUGACUUAUCCUCACUCUUGACAACGUUCCUCUCCAUACCCCCACAACCUCACUUUCCAACCGCAACCCAUCAUGCCACGAAAACGACGAGAAGCGCCUACAGCCACGGAGAGCACCAGCAAGCGGUCCAAGGCUUCCGCAGAUAGGGAACAGGCAGUGUUCCGAUGGAAGCAAAAUGAAUGGACGCUCUGGACCAGGAUCGAUACUUUAGUUCACCUGAUGCGCAACAAGUAUGUGAGCAAGCAGGUCGUCGUCAAGAAGGUGCUGAAACUGGACAAGGAUGAGGAUGGAGAGCGGAGGAUAGCACAUGCGGAAGUGAGGAUGCUGCAGAGGUUACCGGAGUGCAAUCGAGUCGUGAAACUGUUGGGCUACUUACAUCAAUGUCCUGACCCGGCCCAUGGCUCUGCGUUCUUCGAGUACUAUCCACUUGGAGAUGUUUCUGCUUGGAAAACGAAGAACUUUGACAACAAGAACUGGAAGCCCGUACCUGAGCCGUACAUAUGGCGGUUCUUCAUUCAGAUGGCGCAGGCUCUAGGAUUCAUCCACAAUGUUUUAGAUCCUGUCCCCGAUCCGAGCCGCCCGUGCAUGCUGCAUAGGGAUAUCAAACCCAAGAAUAUCCUUGUAGUGCAGAACGGUACUACCUACCCCUCUUUCAAACUCCAUGACUUCGGUUGCGCGACUAUCUUGACGCCGGAAAAGGGUAGAAUUCGCACACUCUGCGGCACUUAUGAAUGGCAACCACCGGAGAACCCCAUGGUCAAUACGACGGCGGCCGAUGUCUGGGCGUUAGGUGCUUGUGUGCACUAUCUGGCAACGGGGAGAUCACCCGUCCAAUCGACGACGGAAUUCAAACGGAAAGAACUCGAGCGCGGAGAGCAGCCCUCCAAGGGUGCAAAUUGCUAUGAUUCGAUCGAUCGCUAUUAUGUCGCGCGGGCUCCGCGUGUGGUGACUCGGAUCAACUUGACGAGAGCUCAACAGGAACUUGCUGGUAUAGCUCCGCGGAUUACACCAACGGGACAACCGGUAUACAACGCGGAGUACAGCGAUGAGCUCAAUGAUUGGAUGUGCAAAGCACUCCACCACAACCCCAGGAGACGUACAACGACCGCUACGUUGGUAGAGAGGAUGGUUCCGGACGGAGAGGAGAUGUUAAGAACGACUUCGGGAAUCGCCGGGCUGGCCGACCUUCAUAUCAUGAUUGGAAACUGA